CGAAGAAGCUAGCUAGCUUGUGCUCCAGUCUUCGGUUUCUAUUUUCAUAAUGGUAACAAAAUGCAUCAAUUUCAGGGUUCAAAUCAACACAAACAGCAGAAAAUUCAAUGGAGACAAACACUCCAAUCCAUCUUGAUAUCCCCUAGAUAUGAACCAACGAUCCAUCAAACGUAGGUUAAUUUAACAGGUAUGACGUUACUGUAAAUCUAUUACCUGCUUGGCCUUGGAUUCAGCUUGUAAGAUCUCCAGCACCUCCCUGUCAGGGUUGACCCCGUACUGCGCUUACACAUUCAUCUUCAUGGACUCCAGCAGAGGGAUCAGAGCUUCACUUGCAGAGGCCCUUAUGAUGGCGUCUGCUCCCGCCUUGGGGAGGACGCCAUGCGUGCCCUAUGGAGACCGGAAGGACCUCCGUCGCCACACCGGCAAGCGGCGCCUGAUCUCUCUUGGCCGGCAUCAAGGAGGCGAUGCGACGAAUGACGCCCUCCGGCGUGGCUGCCAGCGGACACGGCCACUCCCGGGGCAGCUGGUCCUCAUACACGGCCAUGACAUCUCCCGGCAGGCGGCGCUACAUGCCCCAACGGCGCCGUCCGGCGUGAAGCGGCGGCCGACCCGGCAGGACGUCCUAGAGGUGGAGGCGUUUUGCCAAGACAGAUCGUAUCGAGAUCGAGGGGACGUGAUUUGAGUGGGAUUAGUUUUUAGAGGAGAACGUGCGUGAUGCGUGGGUGCAUUGGAUUAGUGGCUAGUUAGCGGGAGGCAGCGGUUUUGUUUUUUGUGUUUUCCUUUGAAAGAGGCAGUAGAGGAUAGCGGCUAGGCUAAUGGCAUGGUGGGUAAUUAAAGCAUAAAACACGUUUAGUACGUUGGAGCAAUGUAGACCGUCAGAUCACAUGAUUUGAUGGAUAGGAUGAAUUGGUUCUCCGCCCUUUCGUGCUUUUAUAGGGGUAGUAGACUAAAGUAUGUGGACAGCCUAUCCUACUCCCUCCAUUCCAAAACAAGUGUCAUGGUUCGUACAACUAUGGCAUUGAUGCCUUUUUACAUAUAACAUAAAUAUUACUAUUGAGUUUGAUUGUUACUAAAUGAUGGGUUACAUAUCUACACCAGGGCCAUGGUUCCGUUGCAUUUAGGUGCGACCAAGAAAGAUGCAGAAAAGAGAGUGGCACUUCAGUUUCUUUAGGCUGCACAAGAAUUUCUCGCGUGUAGAGUAACUUGGUGAGGUCCGAAUGGCUCUCCUCAUACUUACCAUACAGAGGAGUACACAUGAGCGUUGGUUUUGAGUGUGCAGAUUAUCCCAUUUAUAGAAAUAUAAGA